ACUCGGGGAAUAGCAAAUGAAACGCGUGGGUACUGGCGGGUGGGGGUGCAGUUUGCGAGGGUGGUCGCUCUCCGUUGCUACAGCAGCAUCUCCAGGGAGGAAGGUUACUAGCUAAGAAAGAUGGAGGAAUUUGAAGAUUCUGCUCCAGUAUCCGAGGACCUGUUGCCUUGCAAAAUAUGUGGACGAAGUUUUUUUUCAAAAGUUCUUAAGAAACAUGUGCCCAUCUGCCAGAAAUCAGCAGCAAAGAGGAGGAAGGUGUUUGACUCCAGCAGGCAGAGGGCAGAGGGCACGGACAUUUCCACUGUGAAACCAAUCAAACCAAAGUUACAAAGUUCUACCACCAGCUCAAAAUCUGAUAAACCUGAACCACCCAAGAAACAGUCCAACUGGCGCCGAAAGCACGAGGAAUUCAUUGCUACUAUCCGUGCUGCCAAAGGCCUAAAUCAAGUGAUAAAAGACGGAGGUCCCCUUCCCCCUCCUCCACCUCCAUCCUAUGACCCAGAUUACAUUCAGUGCCCGUAUUGCCAGAGACGGUUUAGCGAGAAUGCGGCAGACCGCCACAUCAAAUUCUGUAAGGAACAGGCGUCCCGCAUUUCUAACAAAGGCAAGUUCUCUGGAAAUGAGAAAGCUAAGCCUCCAGCAAAGACCCAGUUCAAGCCUCCUGCUGUGAAAAAGGCAAACUCAGUAUCUUCGGUGUCUUCCUCCCGCCUUCCCCAGCGUUCAGGCUAUGGACAGGGUGCAGGAACAGGAAUUCAGAGCAGCAAAACCUCAGCUGGCUCAGUGAGGAGUAUGUCGACUGGCUUCUCUCCAUCGCGUACCAACCUCGGUGGCCUGACCAGUCCUCCCUCUGGUGUUAAUAUGAAGCCCAAAGGUGUGGUUAGUCAGAGCGCUCAGAGGAACACAACCCCUGGAAUAGGGAUUAACAAGAAGAAGAUCUACAAUGCUGACAACUACAAUUCAAGGAAUGACAUAAAAAAUGAAGAAGAGUUGGAUUACUCCACACAGGGAACCAAAUUCUGCCAUGAAUGUGGGACCAAAUACCCUGUAGACUGGGCCAAGUUCUGUUGCGAGUGUGGGGUGAAAAGGAUGUGUAUUUAGAUACAGAACGUGAAAGAAAAAGAAACAAAAUCAGAGGGUUUGAGACACAUUUUAAUGCUGAACUUUUCCUUCCGUCACGCUAGUGCCCUGGUUGCAUAUCCUUUUCUUUAAAUUCAGUCCUCUUAUAUUUAUCUUUUAAACACCCAGUUUUAUUGUGUUUAUUACUGAAGUGCAAUAUGAUGGACUACUGUUUCGGAAAAUGAAUAGAAUUAUUUUUUUAAUCAGGAUUUACCCAAGACUACAUGUUUUGAAGCAUAUCUAGAGUCAAGAGACUUGUAAAAGUGGAGCCUGUUAGACCUCACAUUAGAUUUUUUUUUAUAUCAAUAUCCUGAUAAGCCAUCUUUAUUUAAUGGACUUGAGCAAGAAAUGGAAGUAUUGUGACUUUAUAAUUUAUAUGUUAUUUAUGACCAUCUAAUUGCUGUUUAGAAACCAAGCAAUUCAGUUUUGUAUUAACGUUUGUGUUUUGUAUGAUCUUAAUGCUUAUUUUAUUAUGUUUUCAGUAUUUUUAUCUCUAUUGAAUGCAAACUGUAUGAGAGGUUGAUUCAUCAAGUAGAUACAAUCCAUCACAGCCCUUCCCUUGAGAGCUUAGUAGCGCUUUUUUCACAAACCUAUUCACACGACCCCAAAAACCUCAGCGCAAAGGCAAACAAAAUGUCAAAUUUGGCAUUUUCUGUCAUUUUUGAUCACUCUGUACAAACCAUAUGCAAAAAGCUUUAUAUAGUCUGGUUCAUUGCCUUAGGAUCUUUUUUAAAGCCACCACUGUAGCUCAGCCAAGGUCUUCGCCAUGUUUAUUGUAAGCUAAAAAGCCUCGGAGUUAAAUCUCUGGUUAGUUUCUCACUACUGUCACUGACGAACACUAUAGCAGUUCUAUAAAGCUUACAGCGUUUUCUGUACGCCCACUGUAUUGUAAAUUUUUUGUGUGGCAAAAUGCUCACGGUCAGGCUGGACAUUGACACUAGUAUGUCAUUCUGUGAACCGAUAUCAAAAGCUUUUGAAACCCUCCUCAAAUAAACAUAAAUGCGUGUGAA